UAAUUCUAAUUUUAUUAAUGUGUGUGAUAGAAAAGUAACAUUAUUCUCAGAAUACAUAAUAGUAGUAAAUUACUGCAGUGGAAAUUAAUAAAGCCUCCCUCCCUUCCCCCCCAUGCUUCUCCCUUCAAAAGACAAGAUUACUCCACCCCAGGACAGAAUUACUCUCAGCCUCCCCACCAAAUCAAAAUACAAAAGUCUCUUAGAGGGACAGAAACAGUGUCUUUAUACUCCCUUGGGGAGGCUUGAUUGUAUCAAGAUUUUCCUAUAAAUUAGAGGGAUAGAGGUUUUUCCUGUAAAUCUUUGGGUCCCUCUCCUCUCCCUUCCCCCCUCAUAUUCUUAGCAUUUCCUGGCAAAAAGAUAUUGAAAUUAAGGAGAUUUUUUACUACUAGAAAAUAUCACUAUCUGAAAGGAUUGUCCUGUCUGUGGAAUCCUGUCUGUGGAAGAAAUAUACGUGUAACUAAAUUCACAACUAUCCACUAAGUUGGAUUUCAAGGACUACUUUUUAAAAAACUCAAACUCAACAAAAAUAGAUCAAAGAAGUCCUUCGGGGGAAAAAAGAGCUUGAGCAGGAUGAACCUACAGCCCUGCUAGCAAGCAGAUUCUUAAGUCAUUUUUCUGAACAUCUACUGUGUGUAUAAAUAUACUCAUACAUAUAUGUACGCAUGUAUUAUAUAGUAUUAUGUAUGCACACAUAUACAUAUACGCACAUAUAUGUAUAUUUGUGUGCUUAUCUAAGCAAACAAGACAUUUUUUGUCUCUCCCCCUAAACAAAAUCCAUAGGGGGCAUUUAUAAUCUAGCUGAGAAGACUAUACAACCUAUUAUGUGCCAGGUACUCGGGAUACAAAGACAAAAAUUUCAGAUUCCUGACCUGAGUUUACAUUCUAUCAAUGUUAUAUAUUACAUUCUAUCAUAGCCUGUCCAAGGUUAUGCAAGUUACAGUAACAACUGAAAACUUAUGCAGAUGACACUUUCUCAAGAAUAAAACUUUCCCUAUACAUGUAUAUGCACACAUAUACACACUCACACAUAUACAUUUCAUGAAAACAUUAGGAGGCUGACAUAAGUACUAUAAAGAUGAAAUUAAGGCCCCGAGAGGUUAAAGAAACUUGUCCAAAGUUACAUUAAAACUAUAUCUUUAUAUAAGAGUUUCCCCAAUUUUCAAGUCUAGAGCUUUACAACACUAAUACUUGAGUCACUCAGAAGUAGGUACAAAGUACUUAAAAAUUUAGGGAGGUGUUGGGGAUAGUCACUUUCAUUUAAGGAAAUUAAAGAAGGCUUUAAAGCUAAAGGCAUUUUAGCUCAACAAAUAACAUGGAUGUGGAAUAAUAAUGCAUUAUUCGUAACAUUUAUGUAGCGUUUUAAAGUUUGCAAAGCGUUUUUAACUCGACAUACAAUAGAUUCACUACAAUGAUUCUUUGGGAUAUUACAGUAUCACCACCUCCAAUUUACGGAUGAAGAAACUGAGGAUUUGAGAAUGAUUUGCCUAGCUAACAAUACUAGUCAAGAGAGGGUUAGAUUAAACCCAAGUCUCCUGAUCUCAAAUCGCAACACUUUUAUCCACCCACCACACAAGUCUCUUAAAUGUCUUCACUAUUUCCUUCCACGCAGGCCUGGGGGGCGGUGGAGAGCACAGUCAGGUCAGGAGCGCAAAACUUCCAGAACCAUGGGAUAUCCCAGCCCCAACCCUGAAAUGCCCAUAAUUCCGCCAGUUUCGCACUCCAGAGCCAGCGGUCGUGACGACACGGAGGCCGGGAGCAACGUCACUGAGGCGACCAGCAGCGCUUUCCUCCGAGGCCUGCAAGGCGCCAUUCCCGGCGUGCAAGGGGGCGCCUGCAGCUUGCUUGACUGGUUCAGGCGGGGAGUGAGCGGGUAUAGCUGCAGCCAAGCAACCCCAUCAGUCCCUGAAGGACACUCGAAGUCGGGCCAUAGAGAUCCAUCUCCCCGGAAAUUCAGACGCUAUCACCUCAGAAUUGCCCUCUUAGUACCCACUCCUCACUGUCCUGACGCGGCACAGAUCAAAAGCUCGCGAGAGUCUCGGAGACAGGUUCUUCUUCUUUCCCCCGCCCCGCGUCUUCCACGCCCCGGAAGAAGUGGUAGCUUUCUCUCCUCACCUCAACCCUCCAGCUCUACCUCACAAGGCAGCGCGGCCCCGUCCGCGACCAAUCCCUAGGCCCGUUGUUAGCGACCGCGCGAUUAGCCAAUGAAGCGAAGCAGCGCGCGCCUGAGCUCCCUCGGCCCCUCCCCCUUUCCUCUUGCCGCUGCCCCCCUCCGCACCCAGCCCCUGGCUGCGGAAGUGAUGUCACAGGCCCCAUGUGAGCGGAUUGCAACACAUGCAGCUGCCUGGAGAGAGGGAGCCGGUGUCCUACGUCAGAGCCGCCGCCGCUGCCGCCGCCGCCGCGGAGCCGCCGCCGCCGGGGAGGAGCCGCUGCCACCCGGGACUGGGCCCUUAGGGAGGAGGAGGCGAGAAGAUGGCUGACGAUCCCAGCGCUGCCGACAGGAACGUAGAGAUCUGGAAGAUCAAGAAGCUCAUCAAGAGUCUGGAAGCGGCCCGCGGCAAUGGCACCAGUAUGAUAUCAUUGAUCAUUCCUCCCAAAGACCAGAUUUCUCGAGUGGCAAAAAUGUUAGCCGAUGAAUUUGGAACUGCAUCCAAUAUCAAAUCUCGUGUAAACCGCCUUUCAGUUCUGGGAGCCAUUACAUCUGUACAGCAAAGACUCAAACUCUAUAACAAAGUACCUCCAAAUGGUCUGGUUGUUUACUGUGGAACAAUUGUGACAGAAGAAGGAAAGGAAAAGAAAGUCAACAUUGACUUUGAACCUUUCAAACCAAUUAAUACAUCAUUGUAUCUGUGUGACAACAAAUUCCAUACAGAGGCUCUUACAGCGCUACUGUCUGAUGAUAGCAAGUUUGGCUUUAUUGUAAUAGAUGGUAGUGGUGCACUCUUUGGCACUCUGCAAGGAAACACAAGAGAAGUCCUGCACAAAUUCACUGUGGAUCUCCCAAAGAAACACGGUAGGGGAGGUCAGUCUGCUUUGCGUUUUGCCCGUUUACGAAUGGAAAAACGACACAACUAUGUAAGGAAAGUAGCAGAGACUGCUGUGCAGCUGUUUAUUUCUGGGGACAAAGUGAAUGUGGCUGGUCUCGUUUUAGCUGGAUCAGCUGACUUCAAAACUGAACUAAGUCAAUCUGACAUGUUUGAUCAGCGAUUGCAAUCGAAAGUUUUAAAAUUAGUUGAUAUCUCCUAUGGUGGUGAAAAUGGAUUCAAUCAGGCAAUUGAGUUGUCUACUGAAGUCCUCUCCAACGUGAAAUUCAUUCAAGAGAAGAAACUAAUAGGACGAUACUUUGAUGAAAUUAGUCAAGACACGGGGAAGUAUUGUUUUGGAGUCGAAGACACACUAAAGGCUUUGGAAAUGGGAGCUGUAGAGAUCCUGAUAGUCUAUGAAAAUCUAGAUAUAAUGAGAUAUGUUCUUCAUUGCCAAGGCACAGAAGAAGAGAAGAUUCUGUAUUUGACUCCAGAGCAAGAGAAGGAUAAAUCUCACUUUACAGACAAAGAGACAGGACAGGAACAUGAGCUGAUAGAGAGUAUGCCACUGCUGGAAUGGUUUGCUAACAACUAUAAGAAAUUUGGAGCAACGCUGGAAAUUGUUACAGACAAGUCACAGGAAGGAUCCCAGUUUGUGAAAGGAUUUGGUGGAAUCGGAGGUAUCUUGCGGUACCGAGUAGAUUUCCAGGGAAUGGAAUACCAAGGGGGAGAUGAUGAAUUUUUUGACCUCGAUGACUACUAGGUAGUCGACCUGGGUCCGGCAAAACGUGCCUCGCCCUCCAGCAUCCAACCCAAGGAGCAAAUGCGUGGUGGAAACAAAACAGAUCCCUGCCUUAUGAUUGGAACAUUUCCAGAACUUGAUCCAUGAGCAUUGGAUAUUGAAAACAAAACCGAAAAAAAAAAAAACCCAACCCUACACUUUGAUUUGUCAUGGUGUCAGUGCAGCAGCAAACUACUAAGUUCCUAAAUGCCACUUUGGACUAAUUUAAAAAAAAGAAUCGCAGUUUUUACUUUUACUCAAUGGUGAAAUUGGUUGCUCUUGUAUUUUAUGAGAAAAAAAAUGAUUUUUUUAACCUUCAUACAUAGAAGCAAAAAAUACUUUAACUGCUGUAAAAUCUUCAAAAGUUAAUAGAAGUAAGAUCAUACUGGUUUGUUUCUUAUUUUGAUUGGAGAAAUUUUCAAUUGCUGCAUUUCGCGGUGACCCAUUUACAUGGCAUUCUCAGCUUAGACUGCAUAAGAAGAAAUAUACGUGGUGAAAUAUUGGAACCAUUUCUCUCUUGGUCUCUGUUUAAUGUUGAAAGGGUAAGAUAAUAAAAGGCAACAUCAGCUUCUCUUCCCCUAAACCCACACCCCACACACCCCAAGUGGUCAGUCCAGAGGGUACAAGUUGUACUGCACAUUCAAAUUGACUUAGGAAUCACUGGGUCACUGGACUGUUUGCUCACAUCUGUUGUGCAGAAGCAUUUGUGCCCAGGUUUCAGGAGCUCUCAUCACUGUAUGCUCUAAGGAGGGUGCCCAGGAUCUUAGCCUGCUAGAAAUUAGUUUGGGGGUAGCGGGGGGUGGGGGGUGGGGGAAGUAAUGGGGCGCCUGUGCUGGGAUUGUGAGAAAUAAAACAUGCAAUUUAAGUGGAAGCAAAGUAAUUUAAAGAAUUUUUUAUUUUUUACACUCGGGUCUAUUCCUUGGUAAAGGGAGGUGGUUGUGUUUUCCUUGUGUUGGGACAGCAUGAGAUUAUGUGAAUUUUUUGAUUUAAAAAAGAAACAAACUGAAAGAUGUUUCACAGGGAUGACAGGCAAGACGUGUAUGACUGUGCAUGUGAUUAGAAACCCCUGACCCUUCUGGAGGGCCUGGAGCUUCUUUCUAGAAUAUGGGAUGCACAUGCAUCACUCACAUGGGAAGUAGGGAUGGGGAGGCUGGGGAGGGGCAGGACCCAGCUCCUGCAUCAAGGACUUAACCAUGUUGGAUCCAAAAGUGGCCCCCAAAAUCUGAAGCCUGAGUUUGGCUGCUGGGGGGAGUAAGUUGGACUUAUACCCCACUCAUGUGCUGUGCUGUGGAAUGCCCAAGAAGGGAACAGUGGAUAAAGUGUAGAAUGUACCCCAUGAUAGCAAUGGAGAAAGUGUACCAAAUGGACUUGAAACCAAUGGUUUUACAAGUCAAUAUGGUAUAUUGCCCACAUACUGACACCAGAGUUGUGGGGUUCAUUUGGUUUUUGGAUUGGGUACUUUUCACACUUUAGUGCCUGACCGCUUCUUCGCUGACUUCUGACUCACUCGUAGCUUUAUUGGUCUGAACCAGCUCCUUGUUCCAAGGUUGCAGACUUGCUUAUCGUUCCAAUAAUCCUGUUUCACUUGAAUGAAGGGAGUAUGUCUUAAAAUGUAAUGCUUCUGGUUCUCACACUGUACUUUGAGGUCCAAAUGACUUGUCUGUCAAAUGUAUAACCUGAUGUGUCAAUCUCCCAGUAAGAGUAAAUGUUUGGGUGUUCACCAGAUUGGGAGGCUUCACCGGAACAGGCUUUUGCAUUGGGCUCUGCUGUUUAUUUGCAGAAAACCCAAGUGUGAACAAACUUGCUCUCUUCACAGCAGUACCUUAGGGUUUUGCCAUUGUAAAUGGGUCUAAUGUGAUAUGACAAGACCAGAAAAAUUGGAUGUAAAUUUACAUAUUUGAAUAUACUGCUUGUUGUUUCACAUGAUACAUUUAGGGUAUGCAGCUCCUUUUUUUUUUGUAGUUUUUAUUUUUACUAUUUAAGUUUGGAAAUGAUGCCAAAUUUUUGUAUUUCUUUAAUCAAUGUGUUCUCUUCAGUGAUAUAUAUUGCAUUAUAUAUUGAUGUGUGUAUCAAUAUAUACUGAUAUGUAUUACACUUACACAUACACAUACGAGGGGGUGAAAAUCAUAGCCUUCGCAUUCUAUAUAGCCUCUGCAGAGAGAUCCUAAGCAGCGAAAUCUUGGUGUUGUGAUGUACAGAAAUGGAGAAGAGUAUUAAACCAUAUUUAAGAAUAUAA